GUAAAACUUGAAGGUAUAUAAGGAUGGAUGGAGGAGAUUGUUUAUUUACUAGAUGAAAAAAGGUUAGUCAAUUCUUGCCUGACGCCAUUUUCAUCACAUAAAAUACGUGCCAAGUAUGGUAUCACAGAAUUUUUAUACUUAGACGUGCGAGCAUACAGUUUUCUGAAGUUACUUCUUGUUCUACCUGAGGAGAUGCAAGGUGAAAGCUGAGGGUGAAGUGGAUGCUCCAAGUCAGACAAAAUCCCUUUAGCAAAUUUAUUGCAUGAGGUCAAGUGCCUAUCAACAACGACGUUAACUAUGUGGUCCACUGGGACACCACUCAUCCUACUGACAGUCUUCAGCAUUCUACGAAUUGUGACAUAGUCCUUUUCAAGCAAACCAGGAAAGAAUAAGGGUGAACAAUAAAGAAGAAUAG